CACACCUUUCAAACAGUCUUACACACACUUUCACUUAGCCACUCCAUAAUCUUAUUUGACGGCGGACGCAUCAACACCCUUGCAGCAUGGCAACUUUGAAUUUCUCUGUUACACUUUUAAAACGUUCAGUGACCAACUUGGUCCAGAGGGCCAAUCUGUAUUCUAAACCUGCCAAACACCACAUUUCAGCUGGGGAGCAGGCCAUAGCUAUGACCGUCAUGGUGGUCACCAUCCUGGGUCCCUCUGGCUGGAUCCUGGCUCACCUGGAGGACUACAAGAAGAAAGACUAGAGCCCAGAGGGGGUGGAAGACCGGAUGGGAGGGAGGGAGGGACCAAGCAGAACACCCAGAGGGGAAACCAGCGCUAGUUGCAGCCCUAGCAUCCAGGCUUGUCCUUCCUGCCUGUGUAUCUGAAGGAAGAAGAUUGAAGUGGACCUCUGGUGGUUACCCUUUAUCAUGCCACACUCUGUGUCAGCCUAUUAACAAUCAUGUAAUAAAUACCUUAGCUCUGUUCUGCCUUGUAAUUAUUCUGCUCCCCUUGUGGAUGUUGCGUUUGUUAUUGUUUGUCUAAGGCCCUAGUGACGUACAGCCUAAUUAUUUCUUCGUAACAAGGGAAAAAUUGUCAAUAAAAGGGAUUGUUUUUUCUCAAUAGAUAUUAUUAUGCGGAGGGCCCCUUAUAGUGCUGACAAUACCUUUAUAUAAAGUUCAUAAUAGAAGCUAGUCAUAAAUGUUGAGCAAUCAUUUUGGUCAAGUUUAUUUUAGGCAAUAUCAAAAUAUUAUGGCAUUUUGGUCAAGUUUAUUUUAGGCAAUAUCAAAAUAUCAAACAUUUCUGUAUGGCUUUAGAAAUCCAUUUUUUUUUCCUUAAUCGCCAACUGGAUGAUCAUUAAAAAACUUUUGUC